CUGCUCUGUUGGCCAUCUCCAGAUUGCAACAGUACGUGUGAACGCAAUAAGGAAGGAAACUGAGCUCUGUGUAUAAAAUCUGCCACUUCCUCAGGUUGACCACUCCAGCAGUGCAAUGAGCCCGAAGGUAAGAUCUUGCAGCUUUCUGCUCUGCACCUCUUAUCUCUGCAGUGACCUAGUUCUCAGGUUACAAACCUAAGCUUGCUUUCCUUUUAACAUUGUUGUACAAAGUCACGUCUCAGUUGAGAUUUAGCAAGAAAGGGUUUGCUGCUGCGUUUACUGGGUCUGUAAAUGCACUACACAGGUGGAAGUUUCCUGUUCUUUGUGCAGUGUAGCAUUGUUUACUUCUCUACUGGUGUUGUGCUGGCUCCAUGAGGUAUAUUGAUAUUCUGCAUUCUUGUGCCACAUGUUGACAAAGGCAUACAUAUAAAUCUGUACAUGUACAAGAAAACUUGAAGUCUUCUGUUUCAUAACUUCUGUUUCAUGUGUAACACAAGGUCUCGAAUGUUUGCAAAAGCAGAUGCAUAUAUUGAGCGCUGUGUAUGUCUCUGAGCAGUACAGUGAAAAUGAAAUGUAGAAAGUUUAAUUUUUGUCACAAGUGAGUUGCCUUGUAUCUCCAUCUUUGCUGUGUUUAUUUUUAACAUGACAUUUUAGUUACUGUAAAGAUGAGCUGUUGAAAACUACUUGGAAACCAACUGCGUAGUUUUAAAAAUACACAGAUGUCAACAUCAUGCAGACAAAUUCCUGCAAAGUAUUUUAAGAUACUUUCAAUUCUUGGCAGGGCUUGGUCAGGUUUUGGAAGAACAGGUCAUUCUUUCUAAAAUAAAGGACUCACAGUUUGUGCGUCAGAGCUUGUGGUGUGCGAGCAUGACCAUGACAGUCGAUGGGUUUUUAUUUGGAAUUUGCUUGUGGCUGUAAGUGCAUACAUGCUGCCAGGCCGGACAUGAGGUAUGCAGUCGCUCACACAGGUCUUCCAGGAAACUACGCUCUGGGUGGGAAACGUCAGACACCUUGUGAUCGGUUUGCCCUUUCUCACAGCAUUCAGACUCCGUAUUUAGGUCCCAAUGUAAUCAGUCAGGCAUGCUUUACUGUCACUGCUGUGGUGGGCUGAUAUGGCCUCCCACCUUAUCUUCUCGUAUGUCAACUCACAGUCACCACUAAACCACGGACGGCCUGAAUCAUUAGGUCCUUUGCAUAGUAGAGGCGAGUGUAUAAUGAGUGUACUUGCAUUGACAUGAUGAUGAUCAUCCCCCUAUACACGUAAUAGCCUCCUAUCAAACUGAGUCAUUCUGAGAGCUAUUGGUCUUCAUAUGAGGAAUCAAAUCUCAUACGAGUAUGAAGAAAUGUCCCUUGCAUCACAACCUUCCUCUAGUAGCAUUUUUCUUGCUUCAUUGAUAUUUACAACUUGAGAAAGUCCCUUUAGGCAUAGUGCACGACAGCAGAGGACAGAUAACAGCUGUGAGCAUAAUUACUGCUGACGCUGAUUGUUUUCUCCGGCCUCCUGGCAGCUCUGGAUAGUAACAAGGACAGCCUCUUAUCUACCAACACAGACUGGCAUUCAGCUAUUCAACAGGACACUUCCUCUCUACUCGCCAUGCUUCACUUGUCUACUGCUGAAGAGGAAAAUGGUUUUGUUUGAAAUUGAAAAUGAGACCCUCUUAUGAGAUAAAUGAGAGCUUAAAGGAAUAGUUUACCAUUUUGGGAAAUAGUAGGAUGAGAAGAUUGAUACCACUCAUAUCUGUAUGAUAAAUAUGAAGCUACAGUCAGCAGCUGGUUAGCAUAGUUUUGCAAGACUGGAAACGGGGGAAACACCUAACAUGGCUCUGUACAAAAGUAACUAAAUCUGUCAGCACCUUUAACUGUGUGUUCAGAUAGAAACGGCACAUAACCCCUGUAAAACUACAACGUAUUUCCCAAAAUAUCAAACUAUACCUCUAAAAUCAAGCAUUUAAGUCUGUAUUUACAUUUUACAAAACAGACCCCUAAACUUUAUUUACAAAAUGUUAAGCUUCAGGUGAUUACUUUCUUUUUGAAAUGGAUAUUUAGCUGCUUGAAUAAGAUUUGAAUUAGUCUACUGACCUGCAAAAAAAGAAAAAAGAAACUAGAACACAGACGCACGUCUGCCAUCAAUAAUGCAAGGGUUGGCAUUUGGUUUGCAACCCUGCCAUCAGUGCAGCAUCACUGCUCUUCCUGCAGCUGAGGAAGCUGUGGUGGUUUGCCUGGAGAGGGGUCGAAUACUGGGGGAAAAAACCUUGUGACACUGACAAAGGAGGGGAAGAUGAGGACAGGAGCAGUCUGAGAAAAGCUGAGGGGAAGCAAAUCAGGAUUUGGAGCUUAAAAUAUUGCCUGAACAUAGUGUGUUUUCGUUUCAAAUCUCAUCUGAUCCUGUGUUGCUCUGAUGAUCUCUGAGGUUACUCUAGCUGACUAACUAUCUGCGUCAUCAGGUAGCAGACUUGCCUUCACUUGCCUAUAGAGAAAAGAAUAUUAAAAGAGGGUAUGUCCACAAUUGACGGGUUAAACAGUGAAGUUUAAUCAUCCAAGUGGAAACACUACAACUAGCUAUAUCUGCUCAGACGUGGAUGGAGACACUGUGGAGAUCCGGAUCGGGAGCAGCAUGUAGAACAACCUUUACUAUCUUGCUUUUCUUUUUUCUUUUUCUUUUAACUCUUUCAGCUCCUGAAGAUUAAAGAGGACGUCUGAGCCUGGGUCCAGUAAAGGGGGAGGGUUAAAGAGGAGAGGAGGAGGAGACAAUAUAAGAAGACAAGUGAAGCAGAGAGGAAGAGAGACAGAGAGAAGAGGACCAGUGACAGAUGAUCAGAGUCUGUUGGUAAAUGAUGGAUUUAAGUUUUCUUCAAGCUCUGGAGAGGCAAAGAGUCCUGGAGGUUCUUCAGAGAGACAAACAGCUGCGUGCCAUUGAAGAGGACAGGAUAAGGAGGAUGAAAUAUGAGCUCCAGGAGCUUCGAAGGAAAGGUGCAAAGAGCUUUGCCCGGCAGUACGGCGAGCGGACCUGCGCCCGCUGCCAGAGGCCGCUGGGAAAGUUCUGGAAUUCGGGCAAAGUAUGCCGCGGCUGCAGCCACCGGAUCUGCAGCAAGUGCCGCGUGGGCGUGGGAGCAGUGGACUGGAAGUGCACGGUCUGCCAUGCCUACAGGGAGGUGAAGAUCCGGUCCGGAGAGUGGUUCUUAAAGGAGAGGGCACAGAAAUUUCCAGUCACCACAGACAAAUAUGAGACGGUUGGGGAGAAACUGUUGAAGACCUACAACAUGCUGAGUCAUAUAUCAGUUGUACCUCCCACUCCUCCACCCUAUUUGGAUUAUCAGUUUCUCAGCAGAUCUGGGGAUUUGAAAAACUCAAAACCUUUUACCAAAUCUGUGGAAGAUCUAAUGGUUUCCUUCACCAGUCAUAUUAAAAUGUCUGACUUCUCUUUUCUUAAUGCAGAGAUUUCCACUUCUCAGAACGAUGUGCGAGGAGACCUGCUGAGAGUCGACAACGGCCGUAGAGGGUCACGCUUGAACUACAGCACCCAAAAGAGUCUGUCUGACACCGACAUCAACAAAUCCAGUAAUCUCAUUAAAGGCCCAAGUCUUCCAAACCUGUUCAAGAAAAGCAAAGACAGCGACCUGGAGGGCUCCUCCACCGGGGCAGAAGAUCAAACUUCCCUCAGUUCUGAGUACUCCGGAGGAAAGAGAGGCAGUAACAGCAGCAUCAGUACAGACUGCGGCCUCUUCAAGAGCGUCAGCAUGGCAGGAGAGCUGGAGCUGGCUCUGUCCUACAAUACCAACAACUCCUGUCUGGAGAUCACAGUCGGCGCCUGCAGAAAUCUCACCUACGGAGACACCAAGAAGAAGUGUCACCCAUACAUCAAACUCUACGUGCUGCCGGAAAAGAGCUGUAAAAUGAAGACGACAGUCAAGAAAAACACGACUGAUCCGGUUUAUAAUGAAGUUUUAAAGUAUCACAUAGAGCGCCACCUGCUGUUUGGAAAGAGACUGCAGGCCUCUGUGUGGCAUUCAGGAACCCUGAAAAAGAAGGUGUUUCUCGGUGAGAUCCUUAUCCCACUGGACGGCUGGAGGUUUGAAGACAAGGCCUCCCAGUGCUUCAACUGGUACCCGCUUUGUUCAAAGGCCGAGAGUCCAGAUGGAGGCGCUGUGGAGGAGGAUGGAGGAGAACUGCUGGUCAGAGCCAAGUUCAGCUCCAACAACCAGGGUGUCUGACAGUGGGAGCAGGCAGAGAGCUCGUCCAGACGACGGCCAUUUCUGAGGGUGAGACCGGGCUGUUCAACAGAGUCUCCAGGACGAAUCUCUAAGCCUGGAGCUGUCGGACCAAAGCCCCUUCUGCCCCUCUGACGAAGUUAUCUACAAGUUAUCAAGGGCCUAUAUACUGCUCAUAAAUGUAAAACAAGUUGGGUUAAAGUGUGUUACCAUUUCGGUUUUAAAAUUAAAGCUACUCUGUAGCAUUCAAAGCAUCUUUCAAAUUAAAUUUUCUCCUCAAAGUGACGUUCUAUCAGAGGAGUCAAGCAGCUAAACAUCCGUGCAAAUAAAAUUACAGGAAAAGACAGUGGGAUGAUGUUUCUCACAAAUGAAAUUUGGAGCCACACCCGCAGAAAUCACAGGAAGUGGUUUGAUUUAUAUGAAGAGGGAGCUCUCUCAGGCACAGACUCUCUGCAGCGUUUCCUUCUCUACAAUGAAGCCUUUCUUGUCUCUGUGUGAUCAGCGUGUGAAAGACAUGCUCAGUCUCUGGUUUCACAGCGCCAUGAAGAAGAAGAAGAAGAAGAAGAAGAAGAGCAAAAAAUGCUCCUGUGGAAGGGAGUGGUGAUGUCACUGACCUGGAAUUCUCUGUUAACCCCAUCUUCUCCAGGGUCACCACGGCAACCAGUGUAAUAUGCCCAACAAGUGGCGUGACGUCAACGUCAGCAGAACAUGACGACAAUCAACGUCUCUGCUCAGAGACAGACUCAGCACUUUAACAUGCUCUGUUGGCAGUACAGUAUUUAUAUUGUAAGAACUGUAAGCUAGUCAUGAUUCACUCAGUUAGCAUAGCACGUACAUCGUUGUAUUUCUAUUAACUGAGUCAUACGUUUGUAAAGAAAUCUGUGUUUUUAAGUUAUUUAUCUGUCAAACAAUCACUUCAUGAUUAAAAGCAAAACAUCCCUCUUGGCUACAUGGCUAGACGUGUAAGUGGACACACAAACAUUACACCCAUAUAUGUGAUAUCCCACUCAACCAGACUACAUGCUAGCAGCUCUGUGAGGCUUUACUUUAGCACAGCGGUGCAUUGAGCUAAAUGCUAACAUCAGCAUGCUAACAAGCUCACAGGGAGUGCAUUUACAUGCGCAUUAGUAUUGUGGUUUUGAGUCUUAUCCUGGUUUUGAUCAUAUUCGGGAUAAGGUGUUUACAUGCCACAGUAUCCUGGUUUCUAUUAGCAUACUCCAGGAAGGAUAUCCAGGUUUCUGAAACCAGUAUGGUGUCUACAUGCGCAACACAUAACUGGGAUACUCCAAAAACCCAGGAUACUUGCACGCAUGUAAACGCACUAAGUGACAAUACUAACAUGCUAAUGUUUGGCAGAUAUAGUGUACUUACUAUGUUCACCAUCUUAGUUUAGCGUCUUAGCAUGCUAACAUUUGCUUAUAAGCACUAAACACAAAGUACAGCUAAAUGGACUGUACUUGUAUGGAGCCUUUCUGGUCUUCCAACCACUCAAAGCGCUUCACACUACAUGUCCUUCACCUACAUUCAGGUGCCAACUGCUCAUCAGAUCAAAGAAACCUAACACACAUCAUUUUCCAGGACUUUCAAGGACAUUUUCAGUGAUGAGCUGGUAUGACAGACAGGGAUCAGGCCAUACACACUCAUGUGUUCCUCUCUGUGGAAGUCUGAUUUAAAACACAUGCAGUCUCUUACUGUUGUUGUUUUGUUAAUUACUUGCCUUGUUUUAAUAUUGUUAUUUAAUUUUUUAUAGUAUUGCGUCAUUGUAUUUUAUUUUGUUUCUUUUGGAAAGCCCUCUGUGCCCUAUGCUUGGCAAGUGCUAUGUAAAUAAAAUCAUUAUCAUUUA